AAAGUCCGAGGGGCGGUGGAGGCGGACUCAGCGAGGAAACAAGAAGACAGGCCCAAGAUGGAGGCGGCGGUGGCCGUAGCGGCGUGACAGACUGUCAUUACUGGACCUCUGAAUUCCUCCUGUGUUCUAGGAGCCCCAUGGCACCUGCUCAGCCCCACCUCAACCCGUCUUGACAAAGUCCUAGGCUCCAUGGAGCCACCACGGGGCCCCCCUGCCAACGGGGCCGAGCCGUCCCGGGCAGUGGGCACUGUCAAAGUAUAUUUGCCCAACAAGCAACGCACGGUGGUGACUGUCCGGGAUGGCAUGAGUGUCUACGACUCUCUAGACAAGGCCCUCAAGGUACGGGGUCUCAAUCAGGAUUGCUGUGUGGUCUACCGGCUCAUUGAGGGGCGAAAGACAGUCACCGCCUGGGACACGGCCAUUGCCCCCCUGGAUGGAGAGGAACUCAUUGUAGAGGUCCUCGAAGAUGUUCCACUGACCAUGCACAAUUUUGUACGGAAGACAUUCUUCAGCCUGGCAUUCUGUGACUUCUGCCUUAAGUUUCUGUUCCACGGCUUCCGCUGCCAAACCUGUGGCUACAAGUUCCACCAGCAUUGUUCCUCUAAAGUCCCCACAGUCUGUGUUGACAUGAGCACCAACUGCCGACAGUUCUACCACAGUGUCCAGGAUUUGUCCGGAGGCUCCAGACAGCACGAAGUUCCCUCGAACCGUCCCCUGAAUGAGCCGCUAACCCCUCAGGGUCCCAGCCUUUACCCCCCCUCCAGCUCCUGCACCCCGCACCGAGACCCUGAGCACUUUCCCUUCCCCGCGCCGGCCAAUGCCCCGCUCCAGCGCAUCCGCUCCACAUCCACUCCCAAUGUCCACAUGGUCAGCACCACAGCCGCCACGGACUCCAGCCUCAUCCAGCUCACUACCCAGAGUUUCGGCACUGAUGCUGCCGGUAGUAGAGGUGGUGGUGAUGGAGCCCCCCGGGGGAGCCCCAGCCCAGCCAGCGUGCCCUCGGGGAGGAAGUCCCCCCAUUCCAAGUCCCCGUCGGAACAGCGGGAGCGGAAGUCCUUGGCCGAUGACAAGAAGAAAGUGAAGAAUCUGGGGUACCGGGACUCGGGCUAUUACUGGGAGGUACCGCCCAGCGAGGUGCAGCUGCUGAAGAGGAUCGGGACAGGCUCGUUCGGCACCGUGUUUCGCGGGCGGUGGCAUGGCGAUGUGGCCGUCAAGGUGCUCAAGGUGGCCCAACCCACAGCUGAGCAGGCCCAGGCCUUCAAGAACGAGAUGCAGGUGCUCAGGAAGACCCGUCACGUCAACAUCUUGCUGUUCAUGGGCUUCAUGACCCGGCCGGGAUUUGCCAUCAUCACGCAGUGGUGUGAGGGCUCCAGCCUCUACCACCACCUGCACGUGGCCGACACUCGCUUCGACAUGGUCCAGCUCAUCGACGUGGCCCGGCAGACUGCCCAGGGCAUGGACUACCUCCACGCCAAGAACAUCAUUCAUCGAGAUCUCAAGUCUAACAACAUCUUCCUACAUGAGGGGCUCACAGUGAAGAUUGGUGACUUUGGCCUGGCCACAGUGAAGACACGGUGGAGUGGGGCCCAGCCCUUGGAGCAGCCCUCAGGCUCCGUGCUAUGGAUGGCGGCUGAGGUGAUCCGUAUGCAGGACCCGAACCCCUACAGCUUCCAGUCGGAUGUCUACGCCUAUGGGGUUGUGCUCUAUGAGCUCAUGACCGGCUCGCUGCCUUACAGCCACAUUGGCAGCCGUGACCAGAUCAUCUUUAUGGUGGGCCGUGGCUAUCUGUCCCCGGACCUCAGCAAAAUCUCCAGCAACUGCCCCAAGGCCAUGCGGCGCCUGCUGUCUGACUGCCUCAAGUUCCAGCGGGAGGAACGUCCCCUCUUCCCCCAGAUCCUGGCCACGAUUGAGCUGCUGCAGCGGUCACUCCCCAAGAUUGAGCGGAGUGCCUCUGAACCCUCCUUGCACCGCACCCAGGCUGAUGAGUUGCCUGCCUGCCUCCUCAGCGCGGCCCGUCUCGUGCCUUAGGCCCUGCCCCCAGCGGCCAGGGAACCCAUCUCAGCCUGCCACGCCAAGGAGCCCUGCCCACCAGCCAGCCAGUGUUCUGUUUCUGCUCUGAUAACUGCCUCAGGACCCCCUCAUCCCCGUCCCGGGAGAUGAGGGUGUCCCCAUGUGCUUUUCCAGCUCCUCUGGAAUUGGGGGAACCCCCAAAGACCAACACCCCUGCUUCCUCUGUAAUUUGAUUUCCUCUUGGCUUUGGGGAUACUUCUAAAUUUGGGAGCUCCUCCAUCUGCAAUGGCUGGGAUUUGUGGCAGGGGUUCCACUCAGAACCUCUCUGGAAUUUGUGCCUGAUGUGCCUUCCACUGGAUUUUGGGGUCCCCAGCACCCCCUGUGGAUUUAGGGGGGUCCCAUCUGUGUCUUCCCCACCAUUCAAGGACUCCCCUCUUCACCAAGAAGCACAGAAUUCUGCUGG